GCUCAAGAUAACAUGGACGAUGUUCAGAAAUUGUUAAUGAUGGUUCUGAAAAGGGGUGAUGAUCAUUUGGAUGUAGAAUUAAGUCAUUGUUCAAUGUGUACUAAUUUUCUCAUGUCUUGCAAGUGUAUAAGAGAGUUGUUGGUGGGUUUUAUUUGGCUCGACAUGAGUACUCUAAGUGUUUGGUGCUCGUACAUUCAUCGUUUAUGCAUUGAAAACAACACCACAAAUGUAUAUGGAAUUUUGGAACCAACUUUUCUGAACAUUGUUGGUGAUGCUGGGAAAAAAAGUGAUCAGAGAAUAUCUCAAAGUAAAUGCAAGAAAUACAUCCAGCAUAAGUUACAAAAUGAAAAGAAAGAGUGUCAAUUAUUACCAUUUAACCAUGGAGGACAUUGGCAGUUGAUAGUACUUUGUCCAAAGAUAAAUACCGUGGUUGUUAUUUGUUCACUACAUUGGAAACUUAAUCCAAUAAUGGAGAAAAUUGUUUCAAGUGUUUUUACGGUUGAUCAAAUGGCGAAUGGCAAUAGAAAGAACAAUACCGUAUGGCUUUAUCCACAAGCGAGGAAACAAUAUAAUUCAAAUGACUGUGGAUACUAUGUAAUGAAAAAUAUGUUGGACAUUGUCACUGCUAAGAUAACUGAUUCUUGGAUGGAGGUAUUUAAUGACCCAAAAGAGUUAACAGCUGAGGAGAUGUAUGAAUUGCGAUUACGUUGGUCAACAUAUUUUUUGGAGUUAUUGGAGGGUUAAGAUUUAUCUGGGUGAUGAAUUGGUUAUUAGCUUUAGUUUGAGUCUUGGAAGCAGAUCAGGUGAUGGAAUUGGUAUUUUGGCUCGGAUGUGCAUUCUCACUGUUUUGGACUGUUUAUUUUGGACUAUUUUAGGAUGGUUUUAUGAAGGAAUUGGUAUUAGAAUUGGUAUUUUUGUGAUGGAAUUGGUAUUUUAUGAAGGAUUGGUAUUUUAGAAUUGGUAUUUUAGGAAUUGGUAUUUUAGGAUUGGUAUUUUAGGAAUUGGUAUUUUAGGACUGUUUAUCAGGUGAUGGAAUUUUAUGAUGCUGUUGCUGAGAAGCAUAGUUUAACUGCACAUGAAUUGUUUGAUGGAAAUGAUCUUGCUACUUUCUUAUCUAAUUUGCAUCAAGAUGUUGGAAAUUUAAAGGCAAUUGUUGUGUGGUUAUUGGUUGCUAGUGCAACUGAUUUUUAACAUAUAGCUUUAGCACUAGCAGCAAUGGCUCAUUCUUUGGGGUCUGUGAUGA